CAUCGAUACAGGUGUGGGAUCAAGCAGUGCUAAAACAAGCAGUUUGUUAUGUACGAAGUGACAACAAGACUUUACCAGGGCGGUUGUCUCAGGCCUGACAGAUACUGGAAGAUGUUAGGUCCCAGUGAGCAGUCCUAUAAGGAAUAUUUUAGCUACGAUCAACGAAAGGUAUUAAUACCGUUCAACGAAUUAGAAAACUAUGAUAUCCAAGUGGCUGCCCGGGAAUUUGAUAUAAGUCUUCAUUGGGCGGUUCAGAGAAAGUUCUGUAACUUAGUCAAGUCACAACCACUUUAUAAACGCCUACAAACUCUCGUGACGAUGAGAAAUAACAUUUGUCACCGCCAUGAUGACUCGGACAUUUCUUCAAGUGAAUUAACCACAAGACUUGAACAGCUACUUCAACUAUGUCAAGAAAUACUGGAAUAUUUGGAGCGUAAGGCGGAGGUUGAUCUUGAACACAUCAAGAAAGUCGUUGAAAGUAACAUUAAUAAAAUGAUACCAAACCCACCACCUGGAAUCAUGUACACGCGGAGCAACCAACUUUCAGUCUACAAGGACAACGGAACAGCUCGCCGUUCGACAACAUCUCGGAGGACUGCAGAGGAGGAUGCAAUCCUCGAAACACUGGAGACGUUUGCCAUAGGGGUUGAGAUAGCUAAGAUAGGGGUAAAUACGGUAGGAGCUCUAGCCAGGCAUUUUUCUGAGCCAACUGGAAAUGAUAGCGGUAACCGCAGCCCAAACAACACAUCAAGAAACGAUGAAGAAUGCUGCAUAAUGUAAUCAAUUAUGGAGAAGUAUCGCCAUUAUCAACAAACGUCAUGGAGACUGGACGAAGAUGUCAUUCUUCUUAUAUUCUAGAACUGAGUUAUAGCAUUGAUUAUGUUUCUACUUGGUGAUGAUGUAACUAAGUGAUUUUUUCUUAAUUAUAGAAAAAUACCUGUCUCAUGGCUUUGUUCUUAUGAAGGUUUUACUGACAAUAUCUUAUUACAUAUUUAUAAAAAAAAUAUGUUAAUAAAAAUCGUAGAUACAGUAGAAUAGGUGAAAGUCUCUUAAAAUACUGGCCUCUAAAAUGUAUUAAUAUUUUUAAGGUAUCACAUUAAAUUAUUAAUAAUAACUACCCUCAACCCUUUAUUUUUAUCAGCAGAGUCUGACUGAGAUUGAACAAUAUAUUAUUUUGCCACUAGAAUUUUUUGGAGUGUAAUAAUGUGCUAUAUAUUCGAAAAUAUAUUACACAUGCUUCUGAAAUAAAAUAGUGAUAUAUUUUGCUUAUCGUAAAUAAAAAGUCACUAUAUUAUAAUCAUUUUUGAAUGACGACAAGGAAAAAUUUCAUAGUAAUUAUAUUGCAGAACAGAAAUAUAUCAGUAUAUCACAGAAAUAUAUCAGUAUAUCACUUAUAUAAUAUAUAUUUUAUAUUUUUCUUGUCCUCUCAUAGUAAUAAAAGAAGGUAAACGCACAUUUAUUAAAAGUACAUGACCCAUCUCACAUUGGUCUGUCUACAGUACCGUACUCUCUGUCAGCUGUGCUGAAUCAGCGUGCUGAGCCUGGCACUCCAUUGAACAGUGCUGCACAUACAAUAGCCCCAUUAUCUUUAUUGAUUGAGUGGUUUAAAAUUCUCACUUUCCUCUUGUCUUGGUGCAACUCCACCCUGAAAAUAUGCUGUUGUUGAUUGCUAUGUAUAUUAUCACUCUCAAUAUAUCUUUAUAUCUGUCUAUAAAAAUCACAUAAAGUGCUAUUCUAA